AUGAAGAAGAUGAAACAAACCGAAAUUUCUGGUGAUCCACGACAAAAGACCGAGUUGGCUCGUGAGCUGUAUCGAGAUGGCAAAGUGGCCGAAACUCUGGAAACAACAACAAUGAUAAUGGAAGAGCAUGGCCUUUACAUGGACUGCAUCAUAUUGCACGCGAAUUGCCUCUGCUACUUCCAAGAUUGGAAGAAACUGUUCCUGCUUGCUCAUGAAUUAGUCUUUUCUUUUCCCGAUCACCACUACAGCUGGUAUGUGGUUGCUGCGUACUACUUCACAUGUAAUAACAUACCUGCUGCAAAAAAUUUUAUAAACAAGUCAGCAUUGAUGAGAACAGCGUUUGGUGAAGCUUGGAUUGCGUACGGCCACAUUCUAGCUGCUGAAUCCGAAAACGAACAGGCCUUGAAUUGCUAUUAUCGGGCCGCGCGAAUCUUGCCUUGGCAUUACGAACCAAAGAUGUACAUAGGAAUGCAAUAUUGCAGAGUCGGGGUGAGAAUGGCGGAGGAAUUCCUUCGUGAAGCUUCCUGCAUCAGGUCUUGUGAUCCCGUCAUAAUGCAUGAGCGUGGAUCUUACUACUACCGCUACAGCAAGUUCCACAGUGCAGCUGAACAGUUCUUCAACAACGCCCUGCUCGCUGUCAUUGGAACUGAAUCUGAGGAAACUGAAUUCAUGGAUUCGAGCGCCAUUCUCAACGAGCAGAUUGAUCCAUUCUGGCAACCUCUGAUAGCAAGUUUGGGACAUGUAUCUCGAAGACUCGGAAAGUACAAGGAUUCUAUAAAUUUUCAUAGUAAAGCGCUGUUAAUGAAUCCUAUCGAUUGGCAUUCUAUGGCGUCGAUGGCAAUGUCUUAUGCUUGUCUCGGUGAAACGAAUAUUGCCACACGAUACUUUGCUAAGUCGCUUGCUCGAGCUCCGUAUGAUGGGGUAAGUUGGCAUGAAUUUUGUUCUCAAUAA